CUUUCGAAAGUUUCACAUCCGCAAGAGAGCGGUAACUCGGCAAGGCAAGACAGAGCGAAGUAGGCAAAGUAGUCUCGCGCGCGAACUCGGUACGCUGCAGGCGAUGACCGCAUUCAUAUGAGUUUUAUUAAAUUGUGAGAGUGCUGUCGUGUUCCCACUUCCCCGUCCUGUUAAGUGUUUACGAAAAUGCUGCAUAGGUGAACUUCCCGAUUAAACAUAGUGUUGUGAUUGUGUGAACAUACCCUAUAUCUUCUAUCUUUUACUAUCUCUUGAAGGUUGUAAAAAUGCCUUGCUCAGCGGUAACUUUGUCUAUAGCGACCAUUACAGCAAUCGUGGCUGCAGCUUUAAUGGCAAUAUCAUUCUCCACUGAUAACUGGCUUUACAUUGAAGUUAAGCGCAGUAGUAUACAGACCUAUGUGACCGAUCACACGGAUGUGAACUCGCAAGCAAUACUAGAGAGUUUAAACAGCAAAUACUAUUUCUACACAAGGACGAGGGGACUGUUCCGAAUCUGUUACCCCAAGGAACGACCUCCUACAGUUGAAAUAUAUCUAUCACCGGUAGAAACUCAUUGCAGCAACGUCGACUACUUCAUACCAGACGAGAACAACGAGACCAAGGGACUCUCCGACGAUGCGAUGAACAGGCUGCACAUGGCCCGUUCCACGGUGGCGCUGUUCAUCGUAGCGUUCCUGUCGCUCUUCAUCGCUUUCUGGACCGGAGUAGUCGGCUGCUGGAAGCGCAGUCCCGGCAACAUCACCGCCACUGCUAUCCUUAUGCUUGUCACAUGUUUACUUUCGGCUGGUGCUAUGGCAUUAUGGCAUGGAGUGGAGUUCUACGAGAAGGAAAAAGUUGUAGGAGAAGAAUACUAUCAGCAGUGGCCUAAUGUGUUAAAAGACUACUCUUCAAUUUGGUACGAUUGGUCCUACAUCCUGGCUUGGUUAUCCGUGGGUGUUUCCUUCGGGAGCUCCAUACUAUUCUUCUCGGCGGCGAUUUGCCUCGACAAAGAGAAGCGUCGCGAACAGCAGAAUAACGUGCAGUACAUAAUGCCAGUGUACCCACAAAAGCAGCAGUACGCUUACGCCGGGUAUCCACCUCCACAAGCCUACCCCGGGCCUUACUACCACGGCUCGCAGUACGGCCCCUACAACUACUGAGCAUGCGACCAGAUGAGGGACAUAGUGGCGGCGCACUUCGCCAACGCCCCCGCCCCGCAGGCACCCGCGCGCAACCCCUCCCCCAAUAACCCCUAUCGACAGCCCUCGACCUCCUCCAUAGAAACAUACAACUCCCACCGUAAAAUAAAACGGCCCAAACUCGGCGACAAGAAGGUCUACCGACCCGUCC